UGUUACGCCUAAUUUACUACAGUGACUUGUUCAGAUUUGUCUAGUCUACCUAAAUAACAUCAUUUUCAAUAAUUUUCGAUUUUUAGUAACUUGGUUUCUAUUACAUGUUUCUGUGUUUUAGGUGAUUUUGUUUGUGAUGAAAUGAAGCCAGAUGAAGUGAAGUCAGUGUCAGUGAUGGAGGGAGAUUCUGUUACUCUAUACACUGAUAUUACUGACAUACAGAGAGAUGAUCUGAUACUGUGGAUGUUUGGACCUAAAGAGACUCGUAUAGCUCAAAUAUAUAUGAAAGACAUUUGGUACAACAUGAAGGAGAUUUUUGGAGACAGACUAAAGCUGGACAGUCAAACUGGAUCUCUCACUAUCACAAACAUCUCAAUCAAACACACAGGACUUUAUAAACUACAGAUCUUCAGGAAAACAGACACCAAAUACAAGAGAUUCAGUGUUAUUGUCUAUGCUCCUCUGUUGGAUCCUGUCAUCGACAGAAAAUCUUCAUCAGGAAGAUCAUCAAGCUCAAAAUGUGUGUUAUUGUGUUUGGUGUUGUAUGGGAGAGAUUUGUGUCUCUCCUGGUACAAAGGAAAACGUUUAUUCUCCAGCAUCAGUGUGUCUGAUACAAACAACAAACUCUCUCUACCUCUGGAGGUGGAUUAUCAGGAUACAAACACAUACAGCUGUGUUGUAAACAAUCCCAUCAAACACCAAACUCAAUAUGUCAACAAUGUUGAUCAGAAAUGUUCAGGACUUUCUCUUUCUGAACUCAAGCAUCCUCUUGUAGGUGUUAUUGUGUUGUUGGUUUGGCUCAUUCUUUAG